AUGUUUCGCCGUCGAUUCUCAGGUCUUCCGCCUGAUCCGUACUUCCCUCCAGACCUCAAGGAGCUUGGCUACUUCAUCAACGAGCAAGAUGAGAUCCGCAACAGCAAGGACCCGAGGUUUUACUUCAAGUACUUCCUCACCAAGAACGAGCGCUGGAACGAUCGCCAACGCUUUGCCAUGAACGAAGCCGUCGAGGUCAUCGUCCACGACCGCCUCAAGGAACUCGGCCUCGCCAAGAUCCGGCUCCCGCUGGGUGCCGGCCCCAAGGACCGCCACGUCCCCAUCUUUGUCUCGCCCGACCUGACGACCGCCUCGCGCGUCGUCCUCAUCGUCGGCGAGUCGGAGCAGGAGCUCGGCGUCCUCGCCCACCGCGUCAUCGGCGGCAAGGGCGGCAUCGACGCGGGCUCCCUCGUCUCCGCCGUGCGCCGCCUGCGCUCUUCUCCUCCCUCUUCGUCCCCCGAUGAUGAUGAUGAUGAGGACGGCGACGAUCAGCAGCAGCAGCAACAGCAGCAGCCGCCCGCCGUCGUCCUCGCCAACACGGGCCAGCUCUUCUGGUGGCCCGAGGGCGGUCGCGCGCUCAACCCGCCCACCCGGCACCAGGUCCCGCGCAAGAGCGCCGUGCACUACGGCCUGCGGUACGACCCGGCCGCGCACGCCGUCCCGGGCCACGAGGACCGGCUGGCGCACGUGCGCAGCCUGUUCCGGGACGUGCUGGCCGGCAUGAAGCAGGGCGCCGUGCUGGACGUCGUCGGCCUCGGCGACGGCGCCGACGCGGUCACCGAGUUUCUCAACUGCGAGCAGAGCUGGCGGGACUGGGGCGCGCGCCUCGGCUGCCUGGCCGUCGUCGCCGGCUUCUACGACGUCGCGCAGGUCAAGGUCGAGGGCCUGAAGACGUUCCUCAAGGAGCGCGCCCGUGCCUACAUCUGCUGCGAGCAGCCCGUCGGCACGCCCAUCUCGGCGGCCGCGGGCAACCCCCUGACGGUGCGCUUCACCGACUUUGGCUGCCCCGUCUACGCCAGCGGCGAGCUGUACUACACCGAGACGGCGUUCGUCUCGGCGCGCGACCUGGUGCUCGACUUCCUCGACGAGGCCGCGCGGGACCCGGAGGGCUUCCGCAACCCGGAGAUGUGCGUCGAGUACACGGACCCGGGCCGCGAGCAGCAGGACGGGGACUAUGAUGCGUCGUCGGGCUGGGGCGAGGCCGAGUGGAACAACAAGCCCGAGGUUACUUUUGCCAGGCCCAACGACGAGAAUAAGAAGCCAGUGGCUUCUGCUGCCGAGGGCAGUGGUACGACUGAGGACCCUGCUUUUGAGAAGGUUGUGGGUGGCAAGAGUGGUGCUUUUGGUGUUGAACCUGUCGAGGGCGGCGCCGGCAUGUUGAAGGAGCAGGAUGCACCCCCCCGCGGACCGGAGGGUAUCAGAAGCGAGGCCUUCAUUUAA